CACCGCAUUGAAUGCCACUUUCAUCAUGGGUGUGCCCAAUGCCCAUAUGCUCUUGUCCAGUCCCCUUCCUUAUUUUCUCUAAUUCCCACUUGAAUUCUCAAUCUCAGCCACUGCGAAUGUGAGGCAUCACUCAAGCAAACGAAAUUGAGAUUUGGAUUCUCGGAACGGAGCGAAAAUGACUGAGGUGGUGAUGGAAGCGACUUCUCCUGUUCGUCGUGUUCUUUUCAUCUCUGCCGGUGCUAGCCACUCGGUUGCUCUUCUUUCUGGAAAUGUUGUUUGUUCUUGGGGUCGUGGAGAAGAUGGCCAAUUAGGUCAUGGAGAUGCUGAAGAUCGACUUUCACCGACCCAAUUGAGUGCAUUGGACGGCCAUGAAAUAAUAUCUGUUACUUGUGGAGCUGAUCAUACAAUAGCUUAUUCUGAAGCAUGUACAGAAGUUUAUAGUUGGGGAUGGGGUGACUUUGGGAGGUUAGGUCAUGGUAAUUCUAGUGACCUGUUCACACCAAAGCCAAUUAAAGCACUGCAUGGUCUUAGGAUAAGGCAAAUUGCUUGUGGAGAUAGCCACUGCUUGGCGGUUACUAUGGAAGGCGAGGUGCAGAGUUGGGGAAGGAAUCAAAAUGGUCAACUUGGUCUUGGUACCACUGAAGAUGCUCUUGUGCCGCAGAAAAUCCAAGCAUUUCAGGGAAUAUCCAUAAAAAUGGUAGCUGCAGGUGCUGAACAUACUGCUGCUGUGACAGAAGAUGGAGAGCUUUUUGGAUGGGGCUGGGGUCGGUAUGGAAACUUGGGAUUAGGUGACCGAAAUGAUCGAUUGGUGCCCCAGAAAGUUUCUUCUGUUGAUGAUGACAAGAUGGUGAUGGUUGCUUGUGGAUGGCGGCACACUAUAUCAGUUUCCUCUUCGGGCGGAUUAUACACAUAUGGAUGGAGCAAAUAUGGACAACUAGGACAUGGAGAUUUUGAGGAUCGCCUCGUGCCUCACAGGCUAGAAGCGUUACGUGGGGAUUCUAUUUCUCAGAUAUCAGGUGGUUGGAGGCAUACAAUGGCUCUUACAACUGAUGGGAAACUUUACGGAUGGGGCUGGAAUAAGUUCGGGCAGGUUGGAGUUGGUGAUAAUGUUGAUCAUUGCUCUCCCAAGCAAAUAAAUUUCCCAUCGGAUCAGAAAGUAAUUCAGAUCUCGUGUGGAUGGAGGCAUACACUGGCUGUUACUGAUAAGCAAAAUGUGUUUUCUUGGGGUAGAGGUACAAAUGGGCAGCUUGGACAUGGAGAAUCAGUGGACAGGAACGCACCGUUGAUCCUCGAAGCUUUAAGCGUUGAUGGUUGUAGGGGACAACAUAUUGCAUCCUCAAACUUAGAUUCAUCUUCAGGAAAAACUUGGGUAUCUCCAAUAGAAAGAUAUGCGAUUGUUCCUGAUGAACCUGUGCAGGGGCCAUCAAUAGGAUCCGUGAGGGGUAACGGGAGCGAUGCCAACGUCCCCGAAACUGAUGUAAAAAGGUUACGUGUCUGAUUUCCCGAAACUUAAAACGUCUUGAAAAGAUGUUCCACGCUUUGAUUAUUGUAAAUUCCAUCCAUUUCUUAGAAAUCUAGUCUCGAGUUUGUAGACCUAAGAGAGCUAUGACACCAUAUAACAGCUUAAUUUAGCUUGGCUUUAGCUAGCCUCAGUACUACAUGUUCUUUGCUUCUGUUGAUACUAUGGCAUCAAAUUUAACCUUGCUACACAAUCACAUGCCUUUUUUCCUCCCCUUCUUUGUAGCAUUGUCUGUAAAUUGCAGCUUCUGAGCUAAUCCAGAAUGAACUUUGAGAACA